AAUAACUAAAUAAAGCGGUGAAGGUGGAGCGUCGUGCGUCGUACGUCGUGACGCAGUGGGAUUUUUACGCGUGGUCGGCGUUUGGCCCCGCCCUUCCCGCCGUGACGGCGAUGGGUCGGAAGCGGUGUGUCGGUGCAGAUUGUUCGAAGAUGGCGGCCGGCUGCUGCGGGGUGAAGAAGCAGAAGUUGUCGGGAUCCCCCGGAGCAGGGGGUCCCGGCGGGGCGGGCGGCGGGGCAGCCGGGACCGGGCACUGCGGAUCAGACUUGGGGAUCGGAUCCUCGUCGUCGACGGUCGUGGCCGGAACCGUGAACCGAGUGAACGGCCUCGGGGGUCCGGGGGGCAGCGGGAGCUGUAGCGGGAGUAGUAGUAGUAAUAGUAAUAGUGGAUGUGGUGGAAGCAGCAGCAGCGGCAGCGGUGGUGGUGGAGGAGGUGGUGGAGGUGGAGGUGGUGGAUGUGGUGGAAGCAGCAGCAGCAGCAGUAACAGCAACAACACAACCACCGCUCUGUCUCCAGCUCCAGGAGGCUACAACUCCAGCACCGGGCUUUCCCCGAACCUCAGUCCGGGACCGGGCUCAGCCAGGAAGAUGGUGGUCUCGGCGGAGAUGUGUUGCUUCUGUUUCGACGUGCUUUAUUGCCAUCUUUACGGAUACCAGCCUCCCCGAACACCCAGGUUUACAAACGACCCCUACCCACUGUUUGUCACUUGGAAAAUCGGCCGGGACAAGCGGUUGAGGGGUUGUAUAGGUACAUUUUCUGCCAUGAACCUGCACUCAGGACUCAGGGAGUACACCCUUACCAGUGCCCUUAAAGACAGCCGCUUUCCCCCGAUGACGAGGGAAGAGCUGCCGCGCCUCUUCUGCUCAGUGUCUCUGCUCACCAACUUUGAGGACGUUGGUGAUUAUCUAGACUGGGAGGUGGGUGUUCACGGCAUUAGGAUAGAAUUUUUCAAUGAAAAAGGAUCAAAGCGCACCGCCACCUAUCUGCCAGAGGUUGCGAAGGAGCAAGGAUGGGACCACAUUCAAACCAUAGAUUCCUUACUUCGAAAGGGAGGCUACAAAGCUCCCAUCACAAACGACUUCAGGAAGACCAUCAAACUGACCAGGUACCGUAGCGAAAAGAUGACGAUGAGCUACGCGGAGUACAUCGCCCAUCGCCAGCACCACCACUACCAGAACGGCAUCGGGCACCCUCUCCCCCCGUACAACCAUUAUUCCUGACAGCGAGCCGCAUGACCAGUCACUGGACCUCUCCGCGGACCUCUUCCCAGGAGAGCCCGCCCCCUCGUGGUCUAGCUAUCUCUACUACUGUACCAUUUUAUGAUGAUAGUUUCCGUUGCCAUGCUAGCACUCUGCGUAAGAUGGUGGCAUGGCAGCGGGUGGCAAAGAAGCAUCACGAUUAUGACGUGGAAAAAAAAUUGAAAACAACUCAUUUAUUUUCUCCUUUUUAUCCUUUCUAUUAAUUUAGUUUUUUUUUUUUUGCAGCAUAUAUAUAUAUAUAUAUAUAUAUAUAUAUAUAUAUAUAUAUAUAUAUAUAUAUACAUAUAAAUAUAUAUAGCUGGACGUAUAACCCCUUUUUUCCUAUUUUUUAAAAAAGCAAAUAAACAAGUACUGCUUUUCUUUUUUUUUUUUUUGCUAAAAAAAAAUCUUUCCAACAAUCCUAAUCAGGUUUUUUGAGUCUGUGGAUGGAAAUAAGUCAUAUUAAUGAGGGGCUCGUCUUGCAGAUUUGGAGAUUUGUUUAUGUACGCUAAGCUUUCGUUCGAGUGAACGCUACACGACUACGCGCCGGGUUACGAUUAAGCGAUCACGCGAACAUCGCAGAUCGCACAAAAAUGAUAACAUACUGAAAAGUUUUUCUUUUUUUUUUCUUUCUACUUCGUCACAGUUAUAAAAAUCAGAGUAACAGCCGAUCAGCUAACCUGAAGCUUCCGUUCUCGGUUAUCGGUUUGCGAGAAAAUCUUUCGGAUUGGCCGGCUUCGUGUUUUAUAAUUCGCACGAAAUGAUGCUGACACGUUUAAAUCGCGGAUAUAUUUCAAAUAAACGCAACAUUUUUUCACGUUAAAGACUUGAAAGAAAGCGCUCCAGAACAUAUCCGCGCUCUCAGCUCUGCCGUGAGAUUUUCCUUUUAUGGAGAUUUGUGGGCGGGGCUAAACCUAAACGUUCCGUGACACAGCGCUUUUGUAAUUGGCGUUUUUACGAAGAAAAUCGACGUUAGAGAAUCUUUCGUAAUUGUGGCAAGAAUUUUUCAUCAGGUUUGGCCACGAAAACAAAAUAACUCUCAAACUUUAUUAACGAAGCAUCCGUUAAUGAUUCGUUAGCGACUCUUGCCGUUGUCGUGACGUCGUGGCGUAACUGGCGUAAAAGUCGUGUACUGUUCGCUCGGGUGCGUUAUCUGCUUUUAUCAUUUCUUAUUUGUUUUUAUGUACACCAUAUAGCCACCGGAGGGGGGUUGUUUUUUUUUUUAAUUAUUAUUGAUUCGUUUCUUUCCUCUCUGUGCGAUUCUUUUUUUCAAUCCAAAAUACUUGUGAGGUGUGACUUGAAAUCGUGAAUAAUGUCGUAGGAGUUUUUGGGGGUUGUUACGCUUUCUGACUGGAAAGUUAGCCAGAAAUGACUAGCUUAACAGUUUACUUGUUUCUUUCUUUCUUUCUUUUCCUGUGUGGUGUUAGAUGUGCGCUGAUGUUUGGGACGAACUCGUCAGAAGAAACCGCUAGACUAAAUUAGUUAUUUGGAAAAGUCAAAAUAUUUUCUUCAGUACCAGAGAGAGCCACUCGUCGCUUUGACGGCAUUUCGGCGACGUCGCGUUUAUUUAUUCGCUCUGGCUCUGAUGAACUGUUUCCGUUGUGUUUUUUUUUUUUUUUUUUUAAAUUUUAUUUUAUUUUGUACGAAAAGCCGGAUCACGCUGUUGUUCUGAACGGUGCUUCAUUCGAACUUAAUUCCCCGUUCUGUUCAUUACAUUGCUUCAGGUUUUUGGUAUCGAAGGUGCUCAAACUUUACAAACUGCAGAACUUUACAGUCUCGUUUCUCAGUGAGGGACCAGCCAGGAGAAAAUCAUGAAGAACGUGACAAUGACGAUGAUGAUGAUGAUGAUGAUGAUGAUGAUGGGCUCUUUCAAUAUUUGCUAGCUAAUCCAGCAAAAAAACAAAACAAAACAGAAACAACAAAACUGGCAUCUCUGAGGAGUACAGGAUUUCAUUCCCCUCCUACGAGAUGCCGCUGUUAUUUUAUUUUCAUCACACGGAGAGGAAAAAAUCUUUGCAGAGACUUAGCUCAAACGACAGGGACGAGCGUUUAAAAAAAAAAAAAAAAAAAAAAAACUAAAAAAAACUAAAAGCCAUACUCUUCUUAAGGCAUUGCUUAAUCGUCAGGGUGGUUGUUUUGUUUCUCCCGAACUGGGAAUUUGUUUACUGGAAGUUUUCAGUCGCUGACGCGUUUUUACGAUCUGAUCCAGUCGGGGUUUGUUCCUGAUCAGGCGACGUGUUCGUGGAAAACGAAACCUCUUCUUAAGAUGUUACCUCACACUUUAAGACCUUCAUGCCAAUCCAACACCAACACCAUCACCACCAGUACCACCAUCAACAACGCCACCAACACCAACAAUGCUACCAACACCAUCAUCACCAACAAUGCUACCAACACCAUUACCAACACCAACAACACCAUCACCACCAACAACGCCACCAUCUCCACCAACAAUGCUACCAACACCAUCACCAACAACACCAACAGUGCUACCAACACCAUCACCACCAACACCAACAAUGCUACCACCAAUACCACCAACAAUGCCACCACAAACACCAACAUCACCAACAACGCCACCAUCACCACCACCAAUACCACCAUCAACAACGUCACCACAAACACCAACACCACCAACACCACCACCAACAAUGCCACCAACAACAACACACCUCAUGAUGCUUGACACAAGCGAUGUUUACAUCCAUGUCCAAACGCCACAAAAUCCGACGCCGGUUGCCAAGACACAUCGGAUCGUUCGCGAAUCCUCACGUCGAGCACAGGUGGCCAACCAUCGUGAAAACCCGUAACCCGUACGGCGUGGCGUCGCGACCGUAUCGUAUUCUCUCGUGGUUUCCGUCAGGUAUAAAUCAUUUCUUCUACCUUCUCUUUACGCUGGAUGAAGAGGAGCUUUUCGUCGAGGUCUUUCACAAACCGAUCGGAAAAACUUAAGAACUUAAAAGAAGAAGAGUGUGGUGUUUUCGAGGCUUUUCUUUUUGAGCAGGUCUAGUUCUUCUCGAAACAAAAACUAAAGCCUCCUGUUCUCAGUAGUGGCGUCGCAGGACCAAGCGCUUGAGAUUUAAGAACGUUUUUGUUUUUAAAAGCUGAGACACUUUUACCACAGGAGGACUCUCUUUCUCUCUUUGCUUUCAUAUGCAAAAAAAAAAUAAAUUAAAAAGCGUUAAGGGCUUUCGGUGUUCCAUCCACAGUCAUCUCCAGCUUCAUGAAAAGUGAAAAAAAACAA